AUGGACACCUGGCAGCAGUUUGCAGAGGAAAGCCAAGGUGCUCAAAAUGUGGUGAAGAGCACAGAAUCGAGGAGUGCAUGGAAGAAGCAGAACAAAGGUGUUGCAGCUGUGGAGGCCAGCACAGAGUUAACUAUGGAGGAUGUGAGGCUGAAGAUGCAGGUGCAGGUGCCUGCCUUGGGUCGGCCUUUCUCUUUAGGCAUGCUGUAUGAUGCUCGCAGAGACCAGCUGGUGACAGGUUUCACUCUGUGGGACAGUGAAACUAUCAACAACCAAAGCAGCAGACAGACCCAGAAAAGCAGUUCUUGUGAAAUUAGUGUCUCUGACUCCUUUGAAUCCAAGUCUUCUCUGAUGAAUCUGAAUGCAUCUGUCAAAGCCAGUUUUUUGGGUGGUCUGGUUGACGUUGAUGGAUCUGCAGCUUAUCUCAAUGACAAGAAGAAGUUCAAGAACCAGAGCAGAAUCACCUUUCAAUACAAAGCCACAACUGAAUACAAAGCGCUGGAGAAUGCAGUGCUGGCUCGGUCUUCUCCCAAAGUUGAGGGCUCUCAGGUUAGGGAUUAUUCUGAGAAAUCCAGUGCAACACAUGUAGUCACCGGCAUCCUUUAUGGGGUAAAUACUUUCUUUGUGUUUGACAGUGAGAAGUUAGAUUCAAACAGUGUUCAGAACAUUGAGGGCAGCAUGCAAGCUGUGAUCAAGAAAAUUCCAGACUUGGCUGUUGAGGGUCAAGCAGAAUUAAAGCUGAGUAAAGAAGAAAAAGAUGUAGCCAGUAAAUACACCUGUAAAUUUUAUGGUGAUUUUAUUCUUGACAAGAACCCUGUGACUCUUGAAGAUGCAGUGAACACCUACACAAAGCUUCCAGGCCUCCUUGGAGAAAAUGGAGAAAAUUCAGUUCCUCUAAACGUCUGGCUAACUCCUCUGAAGGAUCUGGACCCAUCAGCAGCUGAGCUGAAGGAACAGAUUUCCUUUGGUUUACUCAGAAAGAUUAGAAUUUAUUUGGAAAGUAUCAGAGAAAUAGAAAUGAGAUGCAAUGAGGCUCAGCAAGAGAAAGAAGUGAUGAGUUUUCCACAGAUUCAUGAAAAAUUUAUUCUUUUUGAAAAUCUGUGUAAAGACUACAUAGAAAUGCUCAGACAGACAAUGCGGGAGAAGAUUCCUCUCAUUCGUGAAGGAAAAGAAGAUGAAACAUCUUUGGAAAAGUUCAUUGAUCAGCAAGAGAAUUCUUUGUUUAGUCCCAAAAGUUUAGAUAAUUGGUUAGAUAAUGCAGAGAGAGAAAUUAACGUCAUUGGGUCUUGUGUUGGAACUAUGGAGGGAAUCCAGAUUGUUCCAUAUAAGAACAACCUGGACAAAGAGGUUCUAGCUGAAGGCGUAGAUGUCUUCUGCUUUGUUUUUACCUCUGUGAAAACUGAUGACCCCUUUCUGGACCAGAUGAUGAACUAUCUGAGUAAAGAUAAGACAGAACCUCAACCAUGCGUGCCUCCAUCCACUAAAGACCAGUGGUUCUUCUCAGAUGAAGUUGUAACCAACAUGAUGAAAAAGGCCACUGAGUUCAGUUCAGCUUUCAAACGACUGAAGGGCAGCAGCAGAUUUCAUUUUGUUGUAGCAGCUCUCCCGAACGCAAAAUUCAAAGGAGCCACCAUCUAUCAGUACAGAGAUGGCCUUCUGAAAACUGAAGACUUCUCACAGCCUGAGGUUCCUGAUGUGACAGCAAAGCUGGACCCAAGAGAUCUUCUGUGGUACUACCGCAAUCUGACCUUGGAUCCAGCCACAUGCAACAAUCGGCUUCUACUAUCUGAUGAAAACACAACGGCAACUUUUGGAACCUCACACCCGAAGUAUCCCGAAACCCCCCAGAGAUUUAAAGACCGUCCUCAGGUUCUGUGCCAGCAGGGGCUGACAGGAGGCUGUUACUUUGAGGUUGAGUGGAGCGUUAAAAGUCCUAAUAUUGUUUGGGUAGCGCUUGCAUAUGAUAGCAUGGCAAGGAAAGGAGAAACGUUUGGAGAGAACAAAUUAUCCUGGUCUCUGGGUGUUAACAAUCUUAAAUUUGAGUCACUGCAUGAUAAAAAGCACUGGAGUCAACCUCUUCCUCCUGAAGGAUGCAGCAGAGUUGGCGUGUAUCUGGAUUGGUCCGGUGGCUCUUUGUCAUUUUACAAUGUCGUCUCUAACCAACUGAUUCACCUGUACACCUACAAGGCCAAUUUCACUGAGCCACUUUACCCAGGUCUAUAUCUCUGGUAUUCCUCCAACUUUGCUUCCUUCAGACCUAUUUAG